UCCUGAGCAGGACCCACAAGCGCCAGCGUACGGCGCGCCAUUGGGCCGGCCGCCGAUAAGGCGGGGCCGCGCCCCAGCCGUCAGUCUCCGCCCCGUCUCUGCCACUCCUCGGCCACGCACUUGCUUCACCGCCAAGCCCUGCCACAACCACUAACCUUGGGCAUGUGUAUACGCCGUUGCAGCAGCCCAGUUCGAGCCAGCGUCUGGAUCCGAUGGCCACUUGCUCGUCUGCAUCUUCCAGCUGCUGCACGUAAGAGAGAAGGCGAAACGCGCGCGCGAGGCGCCGAUAUACGCAAGCAGGGUACCGCUCUAAUUUCCAUCCCAGAAAUGAGGCAUCUAAUGGCAGGGGUAGUUAAAUGGAAAUUGAUUUCUUGUGAACAGCUCGAUCAUAAAGGAGUUACAACAGACAGAUUGUUAUUAAGAUCUAAUAGCCCUAUGUGUCACAGCUCCCUACAUAUUGGCCACUUUGGGAACCGUAACAGCCUCAUUUUCCAUUCUUUGAAGUCAAUAUUAAGACCAAAGCUGAGACGGUAUGUCGUUGUCAAGGUGCACAAUAAAGAAGCUGACGAGAACUGCAGCUCUAAAUUUGCUUAUGAGGACAAUGAGAUAUUUUCUAGUGCAUAUCAAAGAAAAGAUGGAAAUCAACUGAGGGCAUUGGAAUCUUAUUUUUCUAAACUAAAUCCCGAAAAAGCUCAGCAGCUAUGUUCUUUGCCUCAAAAGAAAAAACACAAAAGUGGCCUGCCGUCCUCAAAUGAAGGUGAAGCAAGCAUUGUUAGUGAUAAUGCCAAUUUCAAGAACAGGAUAAACUCGUUGCAGGUACACUAUAGUGAAGGAAACAUAGGUACCAGGAGUUACCGCAACACUUCCUCUGAGGAUUACAAGGACUACUUGAUAUUUGAUGAAAAUAAUUUCCUGGACAUGCAUAAAGAUGAUCAAGCAUCCAGUUUCUUUUUGACAAACUUAUUGGCUGCUAUCAAUAUUGCAGUUCUGUUAUUCGAAAUAGCAAGUCCAGUGAAAGAUUCUGAAAAUGAAUAUUUAUCUCUCCCUUUGAUGUAUGGUGCCAAGAUAAACAACUUAAUACUUUCAGGGGAGUGGUGGAGACUACUAACACCAAUGUGCCUGCACUCUGGUUUCUUACAUGUAGCCCUUGGAUGUUGGGUGUUGCUUACAUUUGGACCUCGAGUGUGUAGAGCAUAUGGUCAAAUGACGUUUUUUCUUAUAUACAUAUUUGGAGGAGUCUGCGGUAAUUUCACAAGUUUUAUUCACACACCAGAGCUAACUGUUUGUGGCACAGGCCCAGUAUUUUCUCUAAUUGGAGCAUGGCUUGUCUAUCAGAGUCAAAAUAAGCAAGUCAUUGACAAGAAUGUUUCAGAAAGUAUGUUCUGGCAAGCUGUGAUAGCUGCAGCAUUGAGCUUCCUACUGAGCAUUUUUGGGGGAAUUGACAACUGGGCACAUCUUGGGGCGAUCUUUUCUGGAUUUUUCUUCGGUUAUCUUAUAUGCCCAAGCAUAGAAUUGGACAAUGCUGCUAAGAACGGUCAAAAGGAGGUUGUGGCUGUUGUUAGGCGACAAGCCGAUCCAUGCAAAUCAGUUGCCAUCUUUACCAUAAGUAUACUCACACUUGUUGUACUCACCUUCGCUUACGGGACACAGUUCAAUGUUAUGGAUCUAGAAUAGCUCGCCAACUGUAUUUCAUAAUGUGAAAUGAGCACGAGAUGUAAAUAAUUAGUUUGUAGUAUGGACCAAUUAUAUAUAUUCAGGUUAGUACAAUCUCUUUUUUUUUUGUAGUCGAGAUUUGUAAUAGAGGUUACAUAUAAAUUUUAGGGAGGUUACAUAUGUUAUUUUAUUUGUGUUACUUUGUCCA